UUUGCGGCCUAGUCGCCUUCACCGGUCUGGGCGCCAUGGGAGGCGGCGGCAGCGCUCCGCGCAGGGUCACCUUCGAGGCGGACGAGAAUGACAACAUCACGGUGGUGAAGGGCGUGCGGCUGUCUGAACAUGUUAUAGAGCGUAUGAAGGAGUCUUCACCUGGCGGAAGGUCUCAGCAGAAAUCGGGAUCUGGUGGGCAUGGCUCAAUUGGAGUGAAUGAAGAAGAACUGAAGAGAAGAAUAGCUGAAGAAUUGGCCUUAGAACAAGCCCGGAGAGAUGCUGAAGCUCAUAAAAGAUUGAAAGAAAACCAGAUGCAAGCGCGAGAUGAAAUCGGCAAACUUCUUGAGCGAGAGCGGGCCGCCUCAAACGAGCACUUGGCCAGAACCAUUCUUCGUGAGAGAGCAGCAACGGAAGAGGAGCGCCUGAAAGCACAGCUGUUGGCCAAGCAGCUGGAAGAGAAAGACAGAGAGCUGAAGAAGCAUGAAACAUACUACAAAGAGCAGCUGGCUCGCCUGGAAGAGAGGAGUUCACAGUUCUACAAAGUCACCACGGAGCAGUACCAAAAAGCUGUUGAUGAGGUAGAGUCCAGAUUCAAGCGAUAUAAGUCUACUCCGGUGUGUGCCGACCUGCAGAGCAAAAUCUUCCAGUGCUACCAGGAGAAUUCCCAGCAGACACUCACCUGCUCGGCCCUGGCCAGCGAGUACCUGAAGUGUGUCAAUCACGCCAAGCAGGAUAUGAACAGGCUUGCAUUACAAGGUGCAUCAGAUGGGCACGGAUUCCCCCUGCCAAGGAAGCCUGAGAAAUUCAAUUCCAGAAGAGGACUUGCUGCAAACCCUAAAUUAUUACAUACGCCCAUAUUGCUGAAACUUAUAUGUGAGAAGGACCCAUAUAUCCCCCCCGCCCGAGCAUUGUUUAGUCUUCAUGGGCAGUAAACAGGAAUGUUGCUGCGGUUCCCUUCUCUCCCACAAUGGAAGCAUCUGAACAAAUUGUUCCUUUGAUGCCACUCUUAAAACAGCGAUAUCAAAUGCAGGGUUGAGUAGCACAGAAAAAUGCAUGCAAGAGGAUAAAUAAACUGACGAGAGAGAAAGAAGUCAAUCCAAAAUUGGCUGCCAAAGAACAAAAACUUGUGCAGGGAAACUGGCUCAAUAAUAUCGAGAAGCAGGCGCAGGAGGGAGAUCUGAAUUCCAGGGAGUGGUACUGCCCACCCGAGCGGCAGCAGAGAACUCUUUGUGAUGCUCAUAAAUUGAAUUUAUUGACUCCUCUUUCCUUCCUGCCUUGAUCGCAAUCAGCACGCCUUGUCAUCUGCGUGCUCCUUAUUUCGCACUCCCUAAUCUCCCGGCUCUAUCUCUUCCUUAGAAAAACCUUACGAGGCUGCUAAUAUUGAGGGUUUUGGCGGUGGCUGUCUUUUGAGUUAAAUCUCUACCUGAAGUCCUCUCAGGGCAGUUUGAUAAACUGGAGUGUUGUGUAGAUACAACACGUAUGCACACACACCCCAUCCAUGCAGAGGAAGAGAGGCAACCGUGGUUUAUUACAGUCCUUCGAGGAGAAAGCAAGGCAGUUAUCCGCAGUUAAAAGUUAGAAAAAUACAAUAUUACCGAUUCCAAGGCCUGCUCUUAGCAUGGAACUCUGCGCCACUGCAAUCUUUCAGUGUGGAAUUCUGUUUUUAUAGCGCUCUUCUAUGUUGCAAGCAAGCAAGCAAAAACCCCUUUUGAUUCUGAACAGAGGAAUUCUUUUGCAUUUGUUCUUUGAGUUGUUGGCACUGAUUAUUGUUAUGAUUGUGUUUAUUUGCCCAAAAGCAUAUAGAUCCUGGGGGACUGCUGCGUUCUGCCUGCAGCUGAUGUGCUUGCAGUUCCUCCGGAAGUCAUUGCAGUGAAAAAUCUGGCAAAUGUGCAGGACGAUGUUUGUAACUGAACACCCAUCAAUUAGCACGUUUUCUCAGCAAUUAAUCCAAAAUGUUGCAGGUGCAGCUGCUGCUGCCGCUGCUGCUGCCGCUGCUGCUGCUGCUGCUGCUGCUGCUGCUGCUGCUGCUCCUUCAGAAACUCAUCUUCACAGUGCCAUUCUGGGCACCCCUCAUGGUGGGAAUUCUUUUUGCGUUCAGCAGUCUGUGAGUGAUGGGCAGCUGCCUGAAUUUUCUCGCCUCACCUGGCUGAUCUCCGGAGGGAAGACGCGGGCUCCCACGUCUUACCUUGCAUCCGGUCUCCCCUCAACACACCUCUAAAAUGCACUACGUUCAUUUCGGCAGCGCUUAAAUUUACGUGCUGCUGAAUAUUAAGAGCCAAGCUGUGCGUUGUGACCAUUGGACUAAGUAUGCGCAAGCGCAGGCCAGGCAGCUGAGAUUUCUGACGUUACCCCAAAGGCAGGCCCGGAGGCCCAGGGGGUGGGGAGAGCGGGCACACCAAGCAGCGGGGUUCCUGGGUACCUUCCCCCUGCUGUUCUUAUCCUCAGUUUCUUUUAGCAGCCAGUUGUCAUUAUGGGAUGUGAGUGUGGAUGAGAAAAACAGGCCAGAGUAGAGAGCCAGUGUGGUGCAGUGGUUAAGAGCCUGGGACUAGGACUCAGGCGAUCCAGGUUCGAGUCCCCGCUCGGCCAUGGAGCCCACUGGGUGAC